AUGGAAUACGAAGCCAAGAAGCGCAAGGCGAGCGAAAUCGCCGAGUAUGCCGACAACAGUGUGGAAGGCCGAAGCAGCAAGGCCGACAGGGAUGCCAAGGCGGCCGUGAAGCCCGAACGGCUUGGGCAGCUGGAGCAGCAAGCAGCUGCGGACUUGAAGCUGCAGGAGAAGAACUUGGUACGGGAGGAGGCCGUCAAGAAGGCGAGAGCGGCCGAAGAUGCGAAGGCGAAGGAAAAGCGCGCCGAAGAGGCCAAAGCGAUCGCAGCGGUCGCAGCGAAAGCGGCUGACGAAGCAGCCAAGGAGGCUGCAGAAUCAGCGAGUAAGGCGGCCAUCGGAGGUGUGACUGAUACAACAUCGGGUGAUGGGGAACAUCCCAAUGCUGCAGGCGUUCGGGGAAUGCAAGGAAAGUCGAACGUCAAGGGAGCCCACGGUCACGUGGACUUGGGGUACGUGCGCGAUAUUACGCGCCGUUUGACAGUGGUGGGCGAGUUCGACGAAACUCGUGAUGACUGGGGCGCCCAAUCGUUUGAGUUGCAGGUGUUGUGGAUGCCUCUGGCCUUGGAAUGCAUGCAGCUUGCGAGGGUGAGUUUCCACCGGUUCGAUGAGUUCAAGGGUGCCAUGCGCGAGUUGCAUGAACGGGAGCACCUGGAGCGCUGGACUGUGGACGUGGGGCAGAUCGAGCUUUGCAAUGAUGUGGCAUUUUCUUGA